GUAGCCAUAUUCACGUUACGGCUUCUGCCUAAUGGGGUUCACAUUACUGGUCUUGCGCGACGUUAUAUCCGCACUGGGAGCGACAGUGAAAGUGUAGUUCCGCUUUUUCUCUUGUGCUUGCUUUUUUUUGUCGUGAACGAACCAGGCACGUCGACGCCGUGUGCAAUCGUAGCUUCAGGUGGGGCGUGGCCUCGACGGCUACCGCCAGGUUAUGUUUACGCGCCAGUUGUUUGUGCGAGAUAAGUGCCGUGUGUGAUCGUGCUCCUUGUUGUGUGCGAACUGUGUUCGACCAGUUUUGAGCAAGGGGAAGUGAAUGCAUCAUCUGCGGACAGUGGCCGGCAUCUUAGUACAUCGAAGUGUGCUCCUUUGGAAAGUACACGUGCUCUUCGAAACGCCGGAGGUUUGCCAAGCUGCGCAGGGAGCGAAAAGUUGGCGAUGUCGAAGCACUUUGCGGACUACUGGAGCGAGUGCGAUCAGCUUCGUCCAGUAGCUGAUGACGACGAGGCCGCUACAAGGCCCUCAGACGACGAAGCGGACUGGCUACGAGACGCUGGCUUCGCCUUCGCACUUCCCGACGAUGUGUUCGACACAGUGGCCGCCGACGAACCUCGUGGGACGCACGUAAGGACCCUGACACGCGAACAGGCGUCCGCUCUUUCGAGGCGCCUGAACCAAGUCCAUGGACGACACAGGCCACACAAGCGACGGGAAGAUGUCAGAGACGUUUUCUCGCACAAUGUAGAGGACAGACCCCCGAUAGGCCUUCCAAAGGAGCAUAGGUUCCGCAAGAGCCACUGGCAUGAGCUGAAUGACACGGUAGCAUCACUCGAGGUCAAAGGGGUCCAAGUGAUCGGCUACAGGGGAAAGGAGCAGCAGCAGGAGGAACCAAUCAGCAUCUUCGACGACUGGACCAUGCAACCAGGGUUUGAUGUGAACUUCCGGUUAACAUCGCACGACCAGGAACUACCGCUUGUCAGCUUGACGGAGAAUCCCGCCGGCGUGACGCGCCUCGGCCACCUGUCCCCACGAGACCAGCGUACCGUCACCAGUCUCACGCUUAUGGAACUGAGCGCCCUGUACGACCAGCAUGGCCUCACCUACUGCAGACGGAAACCUACCCGCAGGAAAGCCACCAAAGAUAGCCACGUGUUGGGCGUCCCCUUGACGACGCUGCUGGAACAGGACGCGCAGAGAGGGUUCCGAGGCGAGAAACCUUGGAUCAUUGGUCAGAUAUUGGAGUACCUGGAACGGCGUGGACUCCAAGAAGAAGGUAUCCUGCGUGUAUCCGGUGCGGCAGCGAGAAUAGACGCCCUCAAAGCGGAUCUGGAGACAUACUACGUCCGGUCACCUGAGAAGCUUCCUCUGGUCCUGGAGCGUUAUGGACCUCACGAGGUGGCAGCACUCUUGAAGCAGAUUCUGCGCAGUCUUCCAGAGCCGCUGCUCACGUACAAGUACAUGGAAGCGUUCCUGCAGGUGCCACAGCUUCCGACGCUUCUGAAUCAACUAAAGGCCCUCAACCUGUUGGUGCUUCUGCUGCCUGCUCCAAAGAGGGAAACGCUUCUGGCGAUCGUUAAAUUCUUAGAUGCCGUCACGAGAAUGGAAUGGAAGAACAGGAUGAGCCUGCUGAAUGUCUCCAUGAUCAUGGCUCCCAAUCUGUUCACUCCAAAGCAACACAAAGCCACUGAAGAUAACCUCCGCCUUGCAAGACUUACUACCCUAAUCACCAGUAUGCUCGUAUGUUAUCAACACCUACUGUGGAACGUACCGUCGCAGUUCAUCGACCAGAUCCGCCUCGAGUACAAGAUGGAGAAGAAGCACAAAUCGAAAAAGAAGGAGCAACACGUAAAAGUGGGCGAGUUACGCAUCGCAGUGGAUAGCCAGGUUCGUCCCGACGCUCCAGUUUACACAGUCAGAGUGGACGACGCUACGACGGCAGGAAGCGUCGUCAGGGAGGUGUUCCUGGCGAUGCGCUUCGAAGAGCGAAGGAAGGACAUCCUCAAUUCCGUGUCUGGAGAAGAGGCUGGGGACGUGGAGACCUUUGCGCGGCAGCAUUCCCUCUUUGAGGUUGGAGGGACGAUAGGCUGGCGGCAGCUAGAAUGCACGGCCAAUGUCAUGAGCGUCUUCCAGGAAAACCCCAUGGCUGAGUGGCACAUCAGACCACGUCAUACAUCCUAGUUACGUCAUGCAUUGAGUUGCCAACGGGUGCCAUUCCAUUUGUAUUCUUAUAUAAUAGGAUUCAGACAAGUCAACUGGGACGUGUCUGGUAGAUAGGGUGCUGCGAUUGGUUGAGUACAGGCAACCGCCAGUUACAGGCGUUCUUCUGUCCCGUAUCCUUUCUUGCGCUAGAUGACCUGUCCGUGCGUAGCUUAUAGAGACUGUUUAUGGAUUGUUAGGCAGCGUUUGUGUAUGGCGUCGAUUUGAAUCGUUUCAUAAGGCAGCAAGCGUUGACAAGAAUGAAAUCAGUUUGUGUAGAGUGAACACAAUAAACAGGGUAAAUGCA